AUGGAUUUUGUAUCUCUCAUCUUGCAUCAGGAGAAAGUUCCGGCUCGUCAUUACCAUGUCCACAAUGUCGAGCUCAUAUCCCGUUUCGCCGGCUUGGUCAAGUCGUUUGAGCCCAAGCCACUAGUAGUCUUCAGCGGCGAUAGCUUCUCGCCUUCCUUGGAGGCGUCCCUCCUAAAAGGAGAGCACAUGGUUCCGUUCUUGAACCACCUCAACGUCGAUGUAGCCUGUUACGGGAACCAUGACUUCGAUUUCGGGGAAACCAGACUCGUGGAACUGUCACGCAAAGUGCACUUCCCCUGGGUUUUAUCCAACGUAACUAGAGUGACUGAGAAUGGCGAUAUCUCGAGGGAGCCUCUUGCCUGUGGUGGGCGGUAUAUCACCAGGACAGUACAGGGGUACAAGGUCGGAUUUAUUGGCUUGGCCGGGACGUAA